AUGGCAGGUAUUGACAAUGAAGUUCUUAUUGUUGAGAACAAUGAUGAGGCUUCUGUUUGGACUCAAAGGCAUGAAGAAAUUUUCAUCGAACUUAUGGAAGAAGAAGUUUUAAAGGGAAAUAAGAAUACCACAACAUUUACAAAGCAAUCAUGGAAAUAUAUAAAGGAAGAACUUUGUGCACGAGCAAAAAAAAAUUAUAGUGAUAUGCAACUAAGGAACAAAUACAAUCAAUUAAAGCAAAAGCAUAAGGAUUUUAAGCCUUUACUAAAAGAGACUGGUAUGAGAUACAAUGUAGUGACUGGAGAAGUUAGUGCGACUGAUGAAGUUUGGGAUAGACUUAUUCGGGUUAACAAGUCUGCUAAAAGAUUUAGAAAGAAAUGUUAUAAGUUUUAUGAGAAAUUAUGCACUAUCUUUGGUGAUACUACUGCAACUGGUUCCAAUGCUCAUCCUUCAACUCGAAGUCCUUCUAAUGACGGAGAUACUAAUGAUGAUGAUGCAACGUCAAUAAGUCCUUCUACUAGGAAUGAAGAAAGUGGUUUUGAUGAGGAUGGUAACAAAAGAAGAGCUUUGGCAGAUGCACUGGCAACAUAUAAUGAAACUACAAAGCGAAAGAUCGAAUUGAUAGAGAGAUCAAUGACAAUAUCUGCAUCACAUUACUUAUUGGAUGAGAGUGUUGAAGCUCUUAAUCAAAUUGAUGGAAUUAGUGGAGAAGUAUACGCAAAAGCUAUUGAGAAGUUUGAGAACGAGAAUUGUGUUGGAGCUAUAGAUGGGACUCAUAUUUCUGCGCAUGUUCCAAUUGAUGAACAAAUACCAUAUCGAGGUCGGAAAGUAGAUACAACUCAAAACGAUAUGUGUGUAUGUUCAUUUGACAUGAAGUUCUCAUACGUUGUCCCUGGAUGGGACGGAUCAGCUAAUGAUGCACGGAUUCUUCUAGAAUGUGCCACAAACCCAGAUUAUGGAUUUCCAAUGCCGCCCCAAGGACAAAUGCAGAAGCAGAUGUACAUUUUGAUGGAGGUGAAGGAAAUUCUGAAGUACAUGUCACUACUUUACAAAGCACGGAUGGUGUAA